AUGCCGUGUUGCGCGGAUGCAUUCAAUCUCGCAGGGAGAAAUAUCGGCUCGUGGGAUUUGCAUUCUUGGGCUUCUACUUUUUGCGGCACGCUGGCAAUUACGCCAUCCACUCCGCUUGGAAUCAUGAGAUCACGCAGUCGCAUUCCGAGGAGAAUCCAGGACCAGAAGCUCAGCAAUUUUAGACGGAUUCAGCCGUUCGAGUAUUUCUUGUGGUCGGACGUCCGGGUGCCGCCGUCGUUCGAGUCCAUCAAAAAAUGCAUCGCCGCGGCCGUGGACUUGAUACCAGCCGAUCUUCGGUUUGAGACGGUGGGCGGUGAACGACUCGCUUACACGGCCGCGGUCCUUCCCGAGUUCAACCGGUUAUGCGACGUGGAGAGCAGCAGGGACCUGUGGGGCAAGCCGCUCCUGGAGGUCCGCGUAGUCUUCGUCGGCAGGUGA